AUGUUUAAUUGGACAUCGUCAUUAGUGUUACUUGUUUUGUUAUUGGUCGAGUGCGAGCUCAAGGAUCCGAGCAAUCAGUGUCCCAACGUUAAGGCAUCUUUGGGUUCGUUGAGGAAGCGAAGGCAUCUAACUUUUCCGGAUGGCAGCAACGUUGCUCUCACCAUAUCACUCGUAAAGGCUUUUAUGACACACGCGCCAUCAGGGUGGAAUAUUGCCAUAGAAAUAGACGUACUGUAUCCACUACCGAAUUCUAACUUUACAAAUGCACAUUUUAGAAGAAAAAUUCAUCAUAGGCAGAAGAGGGAGUUCUGGGAUAGGAUGCAGACGGCGAUGGACUUACAUAACUUAAAUGGCCGCGCUUGCGUGUUAAGGAGUAUUUGCGAGGCCGAAACGUAUCUAGCGCCACCCGGCAAGUCGCUAGUGCACGAUAUAUUGAAAGCACUAUUCAAGGCACCGUUGCACGAUGCCGAGUUUGCGGAGGAAGUGGGCGACGCUUAUAAUGAGUUACGGGACCCCAAUUUCUGCCAGCGCACCGUAGAUUGUCCCUUCUCCAUUCUACAUUUCGUGCUGGCGUUGAACAAACAAAAAUAU